CCCCGACGUGAUAACACAUCUGUUUUCAACGCAGACACUUUGUUGAAUAAAUCAGAUCAAAAAGGUGGAACUUGGUUCAAUCUGAAUACUGAAUUGACAUUAUAACUGCUGAUAGCAAUGUCAAGUGAAUCUACAGGAAUACCGUUAUGCGAUGGACAACAUGACCCUCAGGAAGCGGCAGCUGUCAUGUGUCUUGUACAUCAGGAUUUCCUUUGUCUGCAGUGUUUAAUUAACACGAAAAAGCCAGAAUGUGACGUGAAACCCAUAGACAAGCUAUCGCUGAGUGAGAGUCGCUUGUUUGAGGUAUUGAAAAUUAAGAAAUGUCUUGCUGAGCGGAAAGAAAUUGUUCAGAACCAUUCAAAAACUGUUCAUGAAAAGAUUGAUCAGCUGAAAGCUCAAAUUAAAGAUCACGCCGAGGAAUUGGUAAGGAAAGUGGAAGAAAAUGUAGAAAACACUUCGAAGGAUCUUGAGACACAAGCUAAGACUCUGCUAGAUAAUAAUAAUGAUCAAGAGAAAAAAAUUCAAGAACUUGAAGCUGAAAUAUCCGUAAAAACCAAAGAUGCUGAAAAUAUCACGCAAAACGAGAUAAACAAUAUGCAAACAAAGUUAGGAUAUAUCACAGUUAAGAACGAUGAUACAAUAAUGGGUAGUUAUGAAAAGAAACUGACAUUGUCUGGAGACUCAGAUAAUAGAUUAGGUAAAGUGAUGAUCUUUGACCAUGAACACUAUGAUGAGGUGCAAGACAAUGCUGUAGGAAUAAGAGACACAAAUGGAAGAAAGCAAUCGCAACACAUAUCUGUUUGCCAGGAUGCCGACAACACCUGUAAUCCAUCGGAAGCCGGACCUGAAGUUCCGCCUCGCAACCACAACGGACAAAGAUCGGCAUCUGUAGAAGCGACGGGUUCAUCUAAUAUGGAAGACACUGAUAAGAUUGCCAAGGCAUUUUUGAAUCCUCCAAACGGAGAAGAAGGUGAAACUGAAACAAAGUCCGGCAAGGAAGCAAGCAAAAAUCAAGGCGAAAGUACUCAAGCAAAAGGAUCUUCAAAAACAAAUAAACCGUCUAGCAAAAAGUUUGAGUUUCGUCCAUUCGCUGGUUUGUCUGGGUUGCCAGAUAAUCAGCUUUAUGUCCAUAAGAGCUCUACAAAACCGAAAAAGUCAAACGCAGCAAUAACUAACAUUUUAGGAACGGAUCAUAAUGCGUUGGUUUUGUUGGAUGAAAACAAACACCGGAUUAUUAUUUCCGAUUUCAGUGGAGAAAUCAAGGUUACACAUGCGCUAUCAAAAGAUCCAAUUAAGAUAACAAAGUAUAAAGGAAAUUCGUUUGCAAUAUUGAACUGUAAAGACUUAAAGAUAAAAAAGUUUUCAAUUGAGCACAAAGAUAUAAAAACAUCAGACUUAAAACUGUCUGGGUCUGUACCAAAGCCCAUCCACGUUCUCGGAUUUGAAUGUGGAAAGGGAAAAGAUUGUCAACAAUUUGCGUUGAGUGGGAUUGUAAAGGAAGAAGGAAGAGUGAUGCUCAUAAAUGCAGAAACAGGCAAAGUUUCGGAUGUUAGAGGCCCAUUCAAAAUGUCUUCGUCUGAGGAACACCACGACCCUGGAGAUUUUAAAACCUUGUAUGACUUUGAAAAGAAUGCUGUAUAUAUACUAAACAUACCUAGUAAAAGCAUAAAUGCUACUCCUUUGAAAAGAAAGGUUUUGAGUGGAAAGUCCAGUGGAAGGAUGAUGGUUUUGCCCCUGAUCAUGUGGUUUUUGACGAUCAUCACCUGUACAUCACAUCCAAGGAAAAUGUAACACUCUUUUCAAAGAAAUCUGGAAAAACCAUAGCAACACACACCGCAAACAUAGGCAAAUUGAAGGCAAUCUGUUUGAUGAAGGAUCGACGCCUUGCAAUAGUGUCGUGCGAUUCUACCGAGCCGCUGAUGUCAAUGACACUUGAAUUUAUCGCCCUGUAAGAACAGUGCCGAAAGUGGUGUACAUAAUUUGAAGGAAAUUGCAUACUAAUCGGACGAAAAAUUAACAAUAUAAAGAGUUUUCUUUUAUAGUAUAUGUUCUUGGAUAUGACAUUCAUUUUAUUUUUAACUCUUCAAGUUUCAUUGAGUUACACAAUUGUUGUGUUUUAGAUACGACUAUUCCUAAACAGAUUUGCAGAUGUUGCGGAUAACCUUAUCAGAGACUGUUAAAUAUUUUGUCUGUUUUGGUUUAAACGUAUGCGUGGAUUUGAUUCUAAAGUAGAUUUGAUAUACCUGGACAAUAAUAUAAUAUUUAUUCAAGAAAUUAAAUUUAAUUGUGUUCGC